UUAAGACCUGUAUAUAUAAGGUCACGUUCGCCUCUUUAAGCAUCAAAUACAACCCAUUUUAGCAAAGACAAAAUGGCAUCUUCUGCUCGUACUUUCUUGUCAUUCGUUUUUUACACCAUCUUCCUCUCGUUUGGAUCAUUUAAAGCUGAAGCUAGGAGAUUCAAUGACAUCUCUUCUCUUGUUAGUAAAGGCCUCUUUGAUUCCAUAUUCCUACACAAGGACAACAACGCAUGCCCUGCUAAAGGCUUUUACACGUACAACUCCUUCAUUCAAGCAUCUAGAUGUUUUCCUCAAUUUGGCAGGACAGGUAGUUCCAUUACGAGGAAGCGAGAAGUUGCAGCUUUUCUUGCUCAAAUAUCCCAUGAGACCACAGGUGGGUGGGCUACCGCACCCGAUGGACCAUUUGCAUGGGGGUUAUGCUUCAAGGAAGAAGUGAGUCCACAGAGUAAUUACUGUGACUCAAGCAACACUCAAUGGCCAUGCUCUCCGGGCAAAUCCUACAAAGGAAGAGGACCUAUUCAACUAUCAUGGAAUUACAAUUAUGGACCAGCAGGCAAGGCCCUGGGAUUUGAUGGGCUUAACAACCCAGACAUAGUGUCUAACAAUUCCUUAAUUGCCUUCAAGACAGCUCUUUGGUUUUGGAUGACUGAGCAGAACCCAAAACCAUCUUGCCACAACGUCAUGAUCGGGAAAUAUAAGCCAACAGCGGCUGAUGUAAAAGCUAAUCGGACGGCCGGCUACGGUUUGGUGACUAACAUUAUCAAUGGUGGUCUUGAAUGUGGAAUACCUAAUGAUGGACGAGUCAAUGAUCGGAUCGGAUAUUUUCAGAGAUAUGCUACAUUAUUCAAUGUUAGCACCGGGUCUAACUUGGAUUGUGAAGAUCAGAAAUCCUUUUAACUAAAUAUUUAGUUCUGUUUCCGGUUCUACUUUCAUUAAUUUGGGGCUGUGGAAUGCUGUCGUGGUUAGUUUUUGUAAUGAGUGAUUAUGCAAAUGAUACUUGUUAAGAGAUCCAUUUGACUUCUGAAGACUCUAUGAAUAAUAUCGUUAAUUUACUGA